UCCAACCUUAAAGACUGAAGUUUUGAGGAAGAAACAGCAGCGUCUUUACUCUACAGAUGAGGAAUGAAAAUCUCUUCAUGUGGAUGAACCAAUGAUGGCGGCUGUUAAAGAGCUGCUUUUGGAAACACUGGACGAUCUGGGAGAGGAGGAACUAAAGAUCUUCAAGUGGUUCCUACAGCAGGCUGAAAUCCUGGAAGACUUGCCAGCCAUUCCAAAGAGCCGUCUAGAGAAGGCUGACAAGCUGGACACACUGGACCUAAUAGUGCAGACCUACAAUGAACAGUCUGUGCUGGUGACCAAGAUAGUGUUAACAAAGAUCAACAGAAAUGAUCUGGUACAGAAUUUGUCCAACAUCGACCCAGGACCCAAACAAGUUGUGCAGGCUGCUGGAGGAAUUUCAGAGAGCAGCAAAGCAUGUUCAAAGCAUGUUCACCCUUCCACCAAUGACAGCCAGACUGAAGAUUUGCUGGAGCCAGAACCUGACCCUCCAGAACUCAUUACAUUAAAUCGGAGCACACUCCAAUCACACCUCCAGGACAGGUUUAUGUGUGCACAAGAAGGGUGGACAGAAAGGAUGGAUAAAAAACAUCUAGAUGACAUCUACAUAGAGCUCUCCCUCUCAUAUGGGAUUAAUGUAAACAUCGGCAUGCAGCAUGAGGUCAGGCAGGUUGAGAUGGCACCAAGACAACCAGGGGGAACAGGGCAAACAAUCCAACCCAGUGAUAUCUUCACACACCCCUCUGGAAAAAACACACCUGUGAGAACAGUGCUGACCAGUGGGAUUGCAGGAAUCGGCAAAACAUUCCUUGUACACAAAUUCAUCCUGGACUGGGCUGAAGGAAGAGCCAAUCAAGAUGUGCAUCUCACAUUCCCCUUCACCUUCCGCCAGCUAAAUUUACUGAAGGGCAGACGGUUUUGUUUGGCCGAGCUCAUUCGCAAAUGCAUUCUUGAAACCAAAGACAUCCGGGAGGAGGAUCUAAAUGACAUAUUCACAAAACUACAGGCUUCAGGAAACACCAACUAUGACAAGAGUAAAUUCAAACUUCUGUUUGUGCUUGAUGGGUUGGACGAAAGCCGCCUUCAGCUCAACUUUACUGACGACAAAAAUCCUACUAUUGAUGUGACACAGGCAGUUGGAGUAGAAGUCUUGCUGACUAGCCUCAUCAAGGGGGAACUGCUGCCUUCUGCUCGCCUCUGGAUAACUACACGACCGGCAGCUGCCAAUCAGAUCCCUCUUGACUUUAUUGACAUCUUGACAGAGGUGAGAGGGUUUACUGAUCCACAGAAGGAUGAGUACUUCAGGAAGAGAUUCAGAGAUGAGGAGGUGCGUGGCAGAAUCCUCUUUCACGUCAAGACAUCCCGGAUCCUCCACAUUAUGUGCCACAUCCCAGUCUUCUGCUGGAUCACUGCUACAGUUCUGGAGGACGUGUUGAAAACCAGUGACAAGGGAGAGCUGCCCAAGACCCUAACUGAGUUGUACACAGAAUUCUUGAUGUUUCAUAUCAGACAGACGAAAGAAAAGUAUGGCACAGAGAAGAGCCUUCAGUACAUUCAGGCACUCGCAAAACUUGCUUAUCACCAACUGGAAAAAGGGAACCUGAUCUUCUAUGAAAAAGAUUUCAAAGAAAGUGACAUCGAUUUCAACGAAGCAUCUGUGUACUCAGGAGUGUUCACGCAGAUCUUCAAAAAGGAACGCCGCUUGAAGGACAAGGAUGAGCAAAAGAUGUUUAGCUUUGUCCAUCUGAGUAUUCAGGAGUUCUUGGCAGCUGUUUAUGUGGUGCAGUCACUCAUUAACAAGAACAAAAAUGUAAUGGUGCAACAACAACUCAAAUUCCAAAGUGUGCAGAUGCUUUUCAGCAAACCCUCUAUAGCAGAGGUCCAAAGGAUGGCUAUUGACAAGGCCUUAAAGAGUCCAAAUGGGCACUUGGACAUGUUCCUCCGCUUCCUCCUGGGUCUCUCCCUAGAGACCAGUCAGAAUAGCCUACAAGGCCUACUGAAACAGACAAUAAGUACUUCAGAAGCCAAUCAGGAAACAGUGCAGUACAUCAAGGAAAAGAUCCGGGAGAACCCUUCUCCAGAGAGAUGUAUCAACCUGUUCCACUGUCUGAAUGAGCUCAAUGAUAAUUCUCUAGUGGAGGAGAUCCAACAGUACCUGAACUCAGGAAGUCUAUCCACAGACAAACUCUCUUCUGCUCAGUGGUCAGCGCUCAUCUUCAUCUUACUAUCAUCAGGAAAGGAUCUGGAUGUGUUUGACCUCAGGAAGUACUCUGCUUCAGAGGAAGGUCUCCUGAGGCUGCUUCCAGUGGUCAAGAACUCUAAUGUAUUCUUCCUGAGUGGCUGUAACCUGUCAGAAAGAAGCUGUGAAGCUCUGGCUUCAGUUCUCAGCGCCCAAUCCUCCAGUCUGAGAGAGCUGGACCUGAGCAACAACAACUUGCAGGAUUCUGGAGUGAAGCUUCUCUCUCCCGGAUUGGAGAGUGCAUACUGCAGACUUGAAACUCUACGGUCAGGUCAAUUCAAUUUUAUAACCAGUUGUAUUUUACUUUUUAAAAGUUUUAGGUUUGUGCUCUGCCAUAAGUUUUACCAUAACAAAAUAAAUAUACGUAUUUGUGUUUUUGAUUCUUUUUUCAGGCUGAGUGGCUGUAAACUUUCCUGGAGAAGCUGUGAAGCUCUGACCUCAGUUCUCAGCUCCGAGUCCUGCAGACUGAGAGAGCUGGACCUGAGUAACAACGACCUGCAGAAUUUAGGAAUGAAGCUGCUUUCUGCUGGGCUGAUGAGUCCAUGCUGUAAACUUGAAACACUCAGGUUGAAUGUGAGCAACAUGUCAGAGAGAAGCUGUGAAUCUCUGGCCUCAGUUCUCAGCUCACAGUCCUGUAGUCUGAGAGAGCUGGAUCUGAGUAACAAUAACCUGCAGGAUUCUGGAGUGAAGCUGCUCUCCACUGGACUACAGAGUCCACACUGUAGACUGAAAACUCUCAGGUUGUCAGGCUGCCUGGUCACAGAGGAAGGCUGUGGUUCUCUGGCCUCAGCUCUGAGCUCCAACCCCUCCCAUUUGAGCGAGUUAGACCUGAGCUACAAUCAUCCAGGAGACUCAGGAGUGAAACUGCUGUCUGCUGGACUCGAGGAUCCACAAUGGAGACUGGACACUCUCAAAGUGGACCAUAUCGGAAUGUGCUGGUUGAAAACUGGUCUAAGGAAGUAUGCCUGUGAAAUCACCCUGGACCCAAACACAGCCAACCGAUUCCUCUCUUUGUCAGAGGAUAACAGAAGGGUGACACUGGUGAGAGAGACGCAGUCCUAUCUUUAUCACCCGGAGAGGUUCUACCACUGGAAGCAGCUGCUGUGUACAAAUGGUCUGACUGGUCGAUGUUACUGGGAGGUGGAGAGGAAAGGGUGGGUAUCUGUAGGAGCAACUUACAGAGGAAUCGGAAGGAGAGGAAAAGGUGCUGACUGCUGCCUCGGCCUCAGCGACACAUCUUGGAGCGUGUGCUGCUCUCGGGAUUGUUACUCUGUCUUCAACAAUAGCAGAAUGGCAGCCAUAUGUACGACCACGUCUGUUUCCGACAGAGUAGCAGUGUAUCUGGACUGGCCCGCCGGCUCUCUGUCUUUCUACAGAGUCUGCUGUGACACACUGAUCCACCUCCACACCUUUAGCACCACAUUCACUGAACCCCUCUAUCCUGCAUUUGGGUUUGAGUAUUUGAUCAGGUCUGACUCCACAGUGACUCUGUGUCAGAUGAAGGAGGAAGAAGUGCCUCUUGUAGACAAUCAGCAUUGCUGAAACAAGGCUUUACAGAUCACACACAUAAAAAACAUAUACACUCACCUAAAGGAUUAUUAGGAACACCUGUUAAAUUUCUCAUUAAUGCAAUUAUCUAAUCAACCAAUCACA